AUCUGAAUUUGGUCACUAGUCGGCCCUUUUAAUGUUUUCAAUGUUGGCUCGGGUCCCUUCCAGUCGCACGUCAUACCUUUUAGAUUUAGUGACGCUCCGUGCAUGUUAUUAUUAUUUUAUUUUUUACUGCGGGUGAUAACUUUAGUUUGUUUUUAUGCGGAUCUCUGUGCUUCACCCACCCUCUUCCUUCCUCCACUAAGACCGGGCAUGGAGUCUAUGACAGACCGAGUCACCCUUACGGACUACGAGGCAAGGAGGUUACUCAACGCCAUAGUCAAGGAGUAUGUGCAGAUGACAGCUGAAGAGCUGGAGCAGCAAGAGAAUGAAGGCAACGAAGGCAAUAGCGUUACAGCACAGAAGCGAGCCUGCAACACGGCCACCUGCGUGACUCAUCGCCUGGCAGACUUCCUGAGCCGGUCGGGGGGCAUGGGCAACAGUAACUUUGUCCCCACCAAUGUGGGCUCCAAGGCUUUCGGCCGGCGGAGGAGAAACACCCAGAUGUGAACAUUCCGACAACCUUCAGGGAUACGAGGUUGAUCCUUCUUAACGCGAUGACAUCAGAACAUAUCUGGGGGGAAAACAACAAAACAAACAAAGAGAAAGAACACACUGGCCCCUUCAUCCACUACCCCACAUCCACAGAAAUAAACCCCUUCCGAUAUUAGGACUCCUCCUCUCAAUACCAUAAUGUUAUGAAACUUUCAUUUAGCUUUUGGCAAACCAGAGAAGAAAAGGGGGAGAAUGACAGCAACCUCCAUUAUGUACAUUGACAGCUGAAUCCCCAAAUCCCAAAGAAAAUUUCCAGAUUCCUUUUAAAAUUUUUAUUACAUGAAAUUCAUUUAAAAUGAAUUGGAAAAAAGCACCAGUGCUUAUUUAUUCUGAUUUAUUCUGUCUAUAGAGCACAUUUGUACCAUGUGAACCAUUCUCCCCGUCACUCAUCCCUCCCUGUCCCCACCGGCACCUGUUUGCUGUGCCGUGCCCUGCAGGGAUCGACAUUAAAGAUCAUCCUUCCCUAGGCUCCCUCACAACGGCUGUGUCUUGUGCCUUGAUGUAAAACACUUUACAUCACAUGACUGUAUAGUAUGUAUCAAGAUUAUAAGAAGACCAUGAAGAGAAUGACACCGGAAAAAAAAAUAUUAAAGAGAUUAAUAUUGUAACAAUUGUGAAUUUCAGCAAGAUUAAAAUGUAUUUUAGAUACAUUCGGGUUUUGGGGUACUUGUGUUGUUCUUCAAGGUUUAACAAAGUAUUUAGGUGAAGAGAGAACCGUUGUGUUGUUGAUCUUUUUUUCCACCUUUACUGUACGUGCGAUGAGUAGCUUUCAGACCAUGCCGAUUUCUCCUGAACUCUCAUGGGCUCUCCUGAACUCGUGAAUGCAUUGGUCUCACUGUGUGACACACGUUGGGAAUUCGACAGCACAGAAAUCUGUCCAAACUAGUUCAGUCCAAACCACUCACACUGUUUUAAACAUACUGUACACAACUUAUGCAAAUGGUCCUGUGACACAUCCAUUUCCAUACAAAAGACAAACCUUUCAUAGUAAAUCCCAAAAAUGGAAACCAAUAAUACUAGGUUGAAGAUAACAUGAACACAUUCAUAUGAGUUUGAAUAAGAAAAUACAACUAUAAAAUAAGAGACCAUUAGAAAUGAAUUGCUCAAUAAAAUCAGCAAAAUCUUAAGCCAGUGUUCACUUGGUCUUGCUCAGUUUUUGAGAAUGUGUUGCAUUGUCUCCGUCAGACAAUUCAAGUGUAAAUUGUAUGAUAAAUUGUUUUAUCUUAAGAGGCACAACCCUCCUCCAACCAGCUGUUUCUCUGAGUCAAUGAAGGCUUAUAAGGAUUCUAUUACAUUUCCAUAUUUCCAUGAUAUCUAUUUGUACAUUUACCGCUUACUGGGCACACCACUUCAUUUCAACAUGGAUAUAUUUGGUUGAGACGUUGAUCAAAAGUUAGUGAUAACACAUUGGACAUUCAACGAUGUUUUCAACAAUCUAAAAGCACAACCAAAUUCCAAUGGAAAAACAAUGUCUGAUUUUUGAUUUAGUUGUCACACAUGUCUUGGGCUGUGCUUUGUUAAUACCCUGGAUGGGAGACAAGGGUAGCUGUAGAUCAAUUCUCCAGUAGGAGGUGCUGCCCAGCAUAUUUUUUUUUAAAUGGUGGAUAUAAAAUUGAAGAUCUGGCAUUGUUUUAAAGGUACAAAUUGAACAUACACUACCGGUCAAAAGUUUUAGAACACCUACUCAUUCAAGGGUUAGUCUUUAUUUGGACUAUUUUCUACAU